ACAGAGACCCCGCCGCCCCGCCCCGCCCCGCCCCGCCUUGCCCAAGGGCCGCCCUCCCACGUGACGGGCUGCGGACGGUGGCGCUCGCCUUCCGACAGGCCUACUGCUCGCCAUGCUGCCCCCAGGGACGCUCCGUCGGCCCCUCGGCGCCGCCGCCGCCCGCCUGGUCCGGGCCUGGGCCCGCCCUCAGGUACUCGCAUUCCUUGCUACAGGGCCCAGACAAGAUAAUAGCGUUUUCUAUGAAAUUCGCACGUAUGAUAUUAAGCCAUCGAAGAUGAAGGAGUUUGUGGAGAUGACCAACAAGUACUUUUACCUUCGCACAGCUCUCUCGGAGGUGGUGGGAAUCUGGUCUGCAGAGCUGGGAGCGAUGAAUAAGGUGGUCCACAUUUGGAAGUAUGAUAACUUUGCCCACAGAGCAGCAGUCCGGCGUGCAGUAGCCAAUGACAAAGACUGGCAGGGAAAAUUCAUCUCUCCAGUUCUCCCCUUGAUAGAAGAGCAGCACAAUGAGGUUGCUUAUCUGGUACCCUGGUGUCAGCUUGGAAAGCCUCCAAAAGAAGGGGGGGUGUAUGAAUGGGUUACUUUCCAGAUGAAGCCUGGUGGGCCAGCAUUGUGGGGUGAAGCAUUUCGAGCUGCAAUCAAUGCUCACAUCAAUACAGGUUACACCAAACUGAUUGGUGUUUUCCACACAGAGUACGGAUUACUUAACACAGUCCACGUGCUGUGGUGGAAUGAGAGUCCAGAUCAGCGGGCAGCAGGAAGGCACAGAGCUCAUGAAGACGCGAGAGUGGUAGGAGCUGUGCGAGACAGUGUCAGAUUCUUGGAGUCCCAGCAAAAUAUGCUCCUGAUGCCUCUGCCAUGCUCGCCACUAAAGUAACCUUCUUCUAAGGAUGCAACUGAUGGCAGAAAGGACAAGAUGGAAGUGCUGUCAGGAAGUGCUAUAACAUGGAUUGUCACACCCUCGUGACUUCAGCUGUUCUUCAGUUUACAGUAAAUGGAUGCAAAACGUUGAUCACUAGCAGAGUAAAUCAGUAAAAUUUUGCACCCUGAUAGCAA